ACCGAGCCCGACACCGACGCCUAGCUCGCGGUAGGUAUCCGAAUCGCAUUCACUCCGCCCUGCGUCGGGCUGGCAGCGGAUGUCGGUGAUGAUGGCCGCCGGGCGCAGCAUGCGAGGAGUCCCCGAACCCCCAUACGAGCAGCGCCCCGAACCCUCGAGGCGCGUUGUGAGCUGGCAGAAGCCCUGGAGAAGCAACGGUGACAACGUACGUUUGGGAGCAUCCGGCUUUCGGGAAGGCCGAACCGGUACACGUGGCCGACGCGGCGGCGCUACCUCGCCUUUGAACGGGGCUUUCACUUCGCUAAACUUGCUGUAUUGCUGUCUUCUCCCCGUAGUAGCAUCGAAGGUAUCUCUACAGACGCAGGUAUUUUCCUGAGACAAUAUUCUACAUGCCCCAAUGGAUACACGAGAGUCGUACAAAGUUCACGCCUCCCCGCGGUUGAACGAUGAACUAGCCAGAGCAGGAUUCCCAGGCGCAAGCUGCAACGCCUACCCGACACCGACUGUGUUCGGCCUUGAUGACAUCGCCGCCCUUUGGUA